CAUUUCUGCCCUCUGCACACUCCUUGUCCCGCGAUCCCUUUUCUGGUCAGACAACUCUCCCCUCUUUGCAAUCCCCGCCGCACCGCCCACCUCUCCCUCCUCUCCGCCAUCCGCCUCUCCCUUCAUCUCCUCUGUCACCCUCUCCCAUCAUUCCGCCUUCUUCGAACUCACCGGCGGCGGCCUUCUCCUUCAUCGAACUCGCCUGUGGCUCCCUUCAUCUUCGAACUCACCGGCGACGAUCUUCUUCUUCUUCUUCGAACUCACCGGCGGCGGCCUUCUUCUUUGAAAUCACCAACGUCGGCUUUCUUCUUCUUCGAAUUCACUAGCGACAGCCCUCUUCUUCGAACUCACCAGCAGCGUCAUCCUUCUCCAUUCUAACUCACCAUUCGAACUUACCUUUUCUUCUCUUUUGCCAUUUCCAGAUCAAUUGUCCAUCUUUUCAUUGUUCCAUUUUCAGAUCUGAUCAUGUUGUUGUGUGAUUUUUUUGGUUGAUGUUGCUGUCUGAAUAUUCACGGUUGAUUUGUGUAUGGUUGCCGGCUAACAAACAGGAUGGAUUAGAAGUUUUUUUGGUUUUUGGGCGAUCAAGGCUAAAAGAGUCCUUUGAUAAUCUAUGCGGUAUUGAUUAUCAGAACAUACCCAAUAGGCCCUUGCUAAUUAAUAUUGCACUGCACUGCAUUGCAUUACAUUGCCAUAUAGGUCAGGAAUUGAACCAAAGGGGUUACAGUUGUUAGAUCUCUAAAUAUGAUGAUGGCUAAGAGUAAUAGGUUCUCUGGAGGUUAUUAUGGCAAUGCAGUCGAGACGGCUGGUGAAUCAGAGGGGUCUGGUAGCUCAGGACCAAUAGAUACUGAGAUAACGGUUUCAGAGAAUUCUAGUGUCCCCGCGAGGAGAUGUAUUAGUCUAAAUUCAAGUCACUGUGACAAUUUUGGUGUUCCCAUGCAAGUUCUUCGGUUGUCAGAUAUUUCACCCCUUGAAAGAAAGGAUUUGGUGCUGAGGUUGAGAUCAGAGCUUGAACAGAUUCGGCUACUUCAGAAGAAAGUUGAAUUUCAAAGAACAAAUGGUGUGACGUUGUCAUCAUCCAGUGAUAUUCUUAGCUGUAGUAAUGGACACAAUAGGUCUCAAUUAGAGAAGUCCAGAAAAUCAUUGGUCCCUAGUUCUACAUCGGGGAAAAAAUUGAAUCCAACAAGUCAGAAACCUUGUGGAUUGAACCGGGGUUCUUCUGGGAAGUUUGAGCCUGCUCCACAGACACAGACCUGUUCACCAAUAGCUGCAAAUACCUUGUUGAUGAAACAGUGUGAGGCACUUUUAAAGCGAUUGAUGAACCACCAAUAUGGUUGGGUUUUCAACUCACCUGUUGAUGUGGUGAAGUUGAAUCUUCCAGAUUAUUUCACUAUUAUCAAGCAUCCUAUGGAUUUAGGAACAAUAAAAAGCAAGAUAGCUUCAGGUGCAUGCUCAGGUCCUUUGGAAUUUUGUGAGGAUGUAAAGCUUACAUUUUCAAAUGCAAUGACCUACAAUCCACCUGGUAACGAUGUCCAUGUCAUGGCUGCUACCCUGAAUAAAUAUUUUGAAGUGAGGUGGAAAGCGAUUGAGAAGAAAAUUCCAAAAACCAAUGCUCAUCCAGUGCCAGCAAAAUCUUGCGCCCGUGAAGAUGUGGAAGCAGCUAGACCAGUGCCUCCUUCAAAAAAGAGGAAAAUCGCAACAAUUCCCCAUUGCACUGAAGUUAUACCUCCUGCUAAGCAAGUUAUGACCGAUGAGGAGAAGCACAAUCUCGGCAUGGAAUUGGAGUCUUUGUUGGGAGAACUGCCUGGGCAUAUUGUUGACUUCUUAAAAGAACACAGUUCAAAUGGUAGAGAAUGUGGAGAGGACGAGAUUGAGAUUGAUAUUGAUGAUCUCAGUGAUGAUGCACUCUCCAGUCUACGGAAGCUUUUGGAUGAAUAUUUGCAAGUGAAGCAGAAGAGCAAUGAAAAGUCUGAACUGUGUGAAAUGGAGUUGUUGAAUGAUUCUGGACCAAGCAACUUAUCAUUGCAACCGUUUAAAGGUGAUGACCUUGGUGAUGAAGAUGUGGACAUUGGUGUAAAUGAACCCCCUGUCACAAGUUGUCCUCCUUUGGAAAUUGAGAAGGAUGCAACUUACAGAAUUAAUAAAUGUUCGGGCGCAGGAAGCUCCAGUGAUUCUAGAGGCUCUUCUGACUCUGAAUCUAAGGAUGCUGAAGCAGGUCCAGUAAUAACGUCAAAGGUAGCAGAAAGUUUGGGUCAUGGAGCUCAGUUGGAUGAAAAGACUUGGGUCAUGAAUACUCUAGAAAAGAAUCAACCUGUUGUUGGGUUGGACCAAGUUGAUGAUAAUAUUGGGCAGAAGCCAAAUUCUUUUGACUCAGACCAGUGUCGAGAUGGGGAUAGUGUUCCAAGACAGGUUUCUCCCGACAAACUCUAUAGGGCUGCAUUAUUGAAGAAUCGGUUUGCUGAUACUAUCUUGAAAGCUCGAGAGAAGACACUAACUCAGGGUCAGAUGGGAGAUCUUGAGAAAUUGAAUAGGGAGAGGGAAAAACUGGAGAUGGAGCGAAGGAAAGAAAAAGCAAGGCUACAGGCAGAAGCAAAGGCUGCUGAAGAUGCUCGAAAGCGGGCAGAAGCAGAAGCUGCUGCAGAAGCUCGACGAAAGAGGGAGCUUGAGAGAGAAGCUGCGCGGCAAGCUUUGAUAGAGGUUGAAAAGUCUGUUGAAGUUGAUGAGAGUUCUCGGGUUCUGGAAGACUUGGAAAUGCUUAGAGCUGCUCCUGCUGAACAGCAACCAAGCUCUGUGGAUGAGACGAGUCCUGAUCACUCACAAGAUGGCUUGGGUAGCUUCAAGUUUGGGAGCAGUAAUCCCUUGGAACAACUAGGAUUGUACAUGAAAGUGGACGAUGAAGAGGAAUUUGCAGAGCCACCCUCUACUCCUCCACAGACCGUAAACGAUGUAGAAGAGGGAGAAAUUGACUAAGCGUUGCUCAUUUUGUGAUCCUGAUUGAAUUGUGGAGCAUAGUACUAAGUUAAUAAUCACAUCGAUUCCGACGAAAUUCUUUGAUUCUUUCAGUUCCCAUAAUGUAGUAAUCCAUCACGAAAGGGUCCGACUGAGCACAGUUUCUAACUUUCUUGUGAGCUCGGACGCAGUAUUAUUACCUUAGUUUUGCCU